CUCCAAACUGAAGCUAAACUGCAGUAACUUUCCUCCCUGUUUCAUUCGGGGGUAAAUCGCUGCAGGUUAGGAACAGACAGAAGAAACACUUACACCAUGACAGCUAAUGCUGAAUUGUGCUCCUGAAAGGCAAGUUUUCCCCUUCUGUACAUCUGUCCAUGCCCUCAGAGUUGCAUUUUUUUUUCUGGUUAGCAAUAUCUGCAAACCACACCCUGCAUUUCUUUCCCUUGGCUCUUUUCCCUGCUAGUCUUCUGUGACGUUAGCUGGCAAUGCUUGCUUUCUCAAGCAUGUUUAUCUCUGUCUAGAAAAGGAGGAAGCCCUGGGAAUGUGUUCACGUGGGUUCACCGCUGCGGCUUGGUACUUCCAUUUUGGGCAAAUCCUCCCGGGUGCCAGAUGUAGCUAGUUUGUGCUUAGAAGAGGAGGGGAGGUUUUCUGUUCCUCUGAAGAAGUGGGAUGUGGGCAGAGCUGCUGUGGCGGACAUGGGCACUGCUGAAGGAAUAACGUCACUUCUGCGAGCGGAAGAAACCUUCUCGGCUUGUCUAGCCCGGAUCGACUCCAUCAUUCUCAAGCCUAUGUUGCAAGCAGAGCCUUAUGAUCAGAAAGGAAAAGAAAACUUCAAACUCCUGCUGCUGUUGAAUGACCGAUUCCACGCUCUCUGGGACGUGACGGAGGACCACCACCGAGCACUAUGGCAGAAGUUCAGCACGUCCACGUCCGUCCACAUCCAAGACAUCUACAUCAUUUGGAAGGUGGACCUGUUUCUUAAGCACUACAUCCAGUACUUCACAACUUUUUCAAACUGUGUUGUAGUCCAGAGCUUUGACCAAGCUGCAAAGAAUAAGAGCGAAGUGUGGAAGCAUCACAAGACAGCGCUGAAGCAACUUCUCACAGAUGGGAUCCAAGAGACCUCCGUAUCCUUGGCCCUGCAUACCAUCCUCCAGAAACCCAUCCGAGAGCACGUCCAGCAGUAUUCCCUCAUCCUUACCAGGUUGAGUGAGGCCACCGGAAAGUGCCCUGAGAGAGACCUGAUUACCAGUGCCAUCAAGGAAUAUGCAAAUCUGCAGUCUUUCAUCAGCCAAGUGCUGGAUGAAGCCAGUUUGACCAAAGCCCUGUGGAAAUCCUUGGGGCACAAACUCACGGAUGCACUCUGUCUUCCUGAGCGCAAGCUGCUGGAGGACAGCAAAAAUCUUCCCAUUUUUGCCAGUACGGGCCGGUCGGACCAGGUACUGCUCUUCAAUGAUGCCCUAGUGCUCGUUCAGGGAAGCAGCUUUCAGAGUUUUGAUCUGAAGGUCUUGUGGGUCGAUGCAACCUGCGGGGAGAAGCCGGCCCCAGAACUGUAUAGUCUCCGCAUCAUUACGCCAGAAGAUACGUUCUUCCUCUCCACCAAGGAGCCACAGAUAAGGGCUGUCUGGCGGUGGAAGCUGAGUCAAGCAGUGCGUCAGGCACUGAACGGGAAGAGAGACUUCCCUUUAUGGAGCAAAGCUGGAGAAGGAAAUGAGCCUCCGAUCUGUCGCUGUUUCAAGCACAUCUUCCAGAUGGAGGGCAGGCUCAAGAACGCGGCAUACGAAGGAGAAUGGUGUUGGGGAAAACCGCAUGGCAAGGGGACGCUGAAGUGGCCCGAUGGACGUAACCACGUUGGAGACUUCAAAGAGGGCUUGGAACAUGGGUUUGGGAUCUGCCUUAUCCCUCGCGUGUCUGAAGAUCGCUUUGACUGCUAUAAAUGCCACUGGUUUGAAGGCAAAAUGAGAGGCUAUGGAAUCUGUGAGUAUGGAAAUGAGAUGGUCUACAAGGGCUACUUCAAGGAUGACCUGCGUCAAGGCUUUGGCAUCCUGGAAGGCACCUCAGCUGAGCAUCCCUUUAAGUAUACAGGGCAAUGGGAAAACGACAAGAAGAACGGCUAUGGAGUCUGGGAUGACAAAAACAGGGGGGAGAGAUACAUUGGGAUGUGGCAGGAUGACCAUCGGCACGGCCAAGGCAUUGUGGUGACUCAGUCCGGUGUUUGCUACCAAAGAACGUUUCACGCCGAUAAAAUGGUGGGCUCUGGGAUUCUGCUUUUGGAAGAUGACUCUAUCUAUGAAGGCAGCUUCACGGAAGAUCUGCUGUUCGUUGGGAAGGGAAAGCUGACCUUUGCCAAUGGCUUCACUCUGGAGGGCACCUUUAGUAACAAGUCGGGUCAAGGGCUGCAGACGCAGGGAGUCCUGAACACUUCCAGCAAUCAGCUGGGUGACAGAAUGAUCAAAAUUCAGUUGGGUCUUAACAAAUUCCCAGUGGAGACGAGAUGGCGGGGAAUCUACGACCAGUUUUUGGGGUUCGUUCACUCUGGCUGCAAAGAAGAAACUGAGGAGUCUUUCACGGGGUUUCACGUGCAGACAAGCAAGGAGCUACGGAAAUCUCAGGAGUAUCUCUGCUGCCAAAGGGGGGCUGAGGAUGUACCUGGGAAGAUGGAAGACAUCCUUGAAGAGCUAGUUCAGCAUCGCGAGCUGGAGCUGCUGCAGUGCUAUCUACAAAAGGUUCUGAAUUCUUCCCUCCACCCAUUAGGAAAGCUGCUGAAGACCCUGACAUUAGCCUUUCAAGCAACCUACUCUGGGACAGGGGCAAACAGACACCUACUGAGCAUGGCCCAAGAGGAGGUCAAGCACUAUGCAAAGAAAAUAUGGGAGUUUUACCAAGGUUUGCUACACUUGGCCCUGGAGCAGAAAGGCCACCCAUUGGCAGAGAUGGAAGAUGCAGAGACAAGCAACCUGAAUGCCUACGGCAUGAUUUUACCUCUGAUCCUGCCCUGUUUCUACCCGGAGCUUUUCAUGCUCUACAUGCUGUAUCAUGAAAAGGAAGAUGACCUCUACUGCCAAGGCAUUGUGGACCUGAGUUUGUUUUCUGACCUAAAGCUGCUGGAGUUCCUGGAAGUCCAGAAGCACCUGUGGCCCCUCAAAGACCUCACCCUAACAAACAAUCAGAGGCGCUCCCUGAUCAAAGAUAAGUGCUUCCUUUCCGCCACUGAAUGCCUGCAGAAAAUAAUCACGACCGUGGACCCCCGGGAAAAACUUGAAGUACUCCAGAAGACAUAUGAGGAGAUUGAAAGCACCGUGUCACGGGUGGUGGGGAAGGACUAUAAACUCCCAAUGGACGAUCUCUUACCGCUGUUUAUGUACGUUGUGUCACGAGCCAGUAUACAACAUCUAGGUGCAGAAAUACAUUUGAUCAGAGAUUUGAUGAAUCCUACUAAUGAAGGAGGGAUGUAUGACUUUCUGUUAACAGCACUGGAGUCUUGUUACGAGCACAUUCAGAAGAACAUCAAGCUCCAUCACAGAGAGACUUGGCAAUCGUCACGCGAUUCCCGACGUUUAUAAUCCAGAGGGCUCUGGUUUGUGCAUUUUGAUGGAAGGAUGUUAGGUGAAGGAACUGAGUCACUGCCACUCCAGUUACCUUUCCAAUGGGAAGAAUGCUUAUUUUGGACCCGAGCUUUUAUUUAUAAUACAAUAGCCUGGACUCGUUAAGAUACCACAAUCAAGACGCUUCCCUCCCAAAACUCUUGCCCUUGGUGGGACUUGGAUCUGUGCUCCUCUCCCUGACAAACAAUAAAGCAAAAAUGGACUUUAAUGCAACAGCCAAACUAUAACCAAAGCCACUGAAUAUUGGCCUGAAAUCCUCAAGCCUUCAUUUUUGUGUUCUGGGCAAAACCGUUUUCAGAACUACCCAUUCUGUGGAACGUGUAUUGAAAUCUUAGCAUAUUUCCCCCUUCAUUUUACAAGCGGCCUCUGCCCUAUAAUCCCAUUUUUAACGACUCUCGUUUUUAUGUAUUUAUUUUGCACUGGCAAACUACCCAAAGAGGGAAAAUGUAUUUAUCGAAACCAUAAAAUGAAGCCGAAAGAGCUGACCAAAGCUGCAUGCCUAGAACGGAUCCGUGGAUAAACUCAGCUGCAUGGAAACAGAAAAGGUCCCUCUCCUUCCCCCAGUAACUCUUCAUGAAAUAGUGAAGCUGAAUUUCAUAGAUUUCAUAGACAUUAGGGCUGGAAGGGACCUCGGAAGAUCAUCGAGUCCAGCCCCCCGCCCAAAGGGCAGGACGUCAGCUGGGGUCAUAGGAUCCCAGCAAGAUAAGCAUCCAGUUUCAUCUUGAAGGUGUUCAAUGAAGGCGCUUGAACAACCUCCGGCGGCAGGCUGUUCCAGACCUUGGGGGCUCGGACAGUAAAGAAAUUCUUCCUUAUGUCCAGCCUGAAACGAUCUUGUAGUAGUUUGUGACCAUUCGUCCUCGUCAUCCCUUGGGGCGCUCUGGUGAACAAACGUUCCCCCAGAUACUGGUGAACACCCCUGAUAAACUUGUAGGUGGCCAUCAGAUCACCCCUGAGCCUGCGCUUUUCCAGGCUAAAGAGCCCCAGGGCUCUCAGCCUGUCAUCGUAGGGUCUGCUUCCCUGACCUCUGAUCAUGCGCGUGGCUCUUCUCUGGACUCUCUCAAGCUUCUCCACAUCCUUUUUGAAUUGUGGAGCCCAAAACCGGACGCAGUACUCCAGCUGCGGCCUCACUAAGGCCGAGUACAGGGGGAGAAUGACGUCCCGGGAUUUGCUUGAGAAGCAUCUAUGGAUGCAAGCCAGCGUUUUGGUCGCUUUACUAGGGUUACUGAAGGCUGCGUGAAGCUGAAAGGAGGAUCGCGCCCCAUCCUCUUGGCCAGACAGGCUGAGCCAGACCCUCUCUGCUCCAACUCUGCUGCAUUUUGAAAGCUGCUAUGGACUAAUUUCCCUUGUUUGCUGCUGUUUAAUUGUAAAUUAUUAUUUCCCCUUGCUUCCUGCUGAACCCUAUUUAACUUCAGGGAUGUCCCCGUCUAAACUCUUCUGUGCCUUGUAUAAACAGGCGUUGCUCAGCUCUGUAGAUGCAUAGAUAAUACAAAGGAGACAGAAUAUCCUGCAGCAAAAGAUCUCUGCAGUUCUGUAAAGGAACCAACCAAACCCUUUUUAAAAUACAUCACCUCCUGCACUUACUGUCUGGUGGAAACACCCUGAUCUUCCGGGAAUACAAUUUCAUGCUGAUGCAUCCUCCCUUUGAAAUGGAGCUUUAUGGGAUGAUAUCAGGACAGAGUUUGACUUGCUUCUAUAGUGCCUUUUUUUUUUAAAGGCAUCCUGUGUAUAUAGAAUAUUGCACUGAAACCAAAAUACACUAAAUAGGAAUCUGUCCAAGUUGGAUAUCAGAGCAAAAGCUCUAUUUAACUGGAUUUGAACCUGAUUUUUUUUUUAAGUCUGACGUGAAAUUGUCCCAUAUUUUUAUAACGAUGCUAGACUGUCACCUCAUGACUAUCGCAAGCUGUGUGUGCUGUUACGUGAGUUGAAACUGUUUUAUAUCAGAUUGACUCGGGACUCUUCUUAAUGUGUGUUUUAUAUUUGUAUGUAAAUAAACCCUAUUUCUAUUUUUAAAGAG